GGGACUCUGCUGUCCUGCGGUAACAUUGUUGUGGAACGACGUCACAGCUCGAAAAUGAAGGCGCAGAGGCAGCCAUUACCGGAGCUUCUCUAAUUAUUUUAUUACAAAUAAAUACUCGCGGAAAACUCCCAUGGCAAGAGCUACAAGUCAGCUGUAUGAUGUCGUGCCUAUUCAGCCCAGCGUUGUCAUUUGUUCCCGCUCGCAUCCAUCAAUGGUAAGGAACCACCCUGACUUAAGCAGCAGCCACUGUCCCGGCAUGGAGGGCUCGCCCUCAGAGGCCCGUGCUGUCGGAGCGUCUGCCAGCGGCCAGGGCUCGGGCCUCCGUGCGCAGAAGGUGGCUCAGGCCCCUCAGCCUCGCAAGAAGAAACCAGAGGACUUCAAGUUCGGCAAGAUACUGGGAGAGGGCUCCUUCUCGACGGUUGUCCUAGCAAGAGAGCAGGUAACUGGCAAAGAAUAUGCAAUUAAGAUAUUGGAGAAGCGGCACAUCAUGAAGCAGAACAAAGCCCAGUAUGUAAAACGAGAAAGGGAUUUAAUGUCAAAUCUCGAGCACCCGUUCUUCGUCAAACUCUUCUUCACAUUUCAAGAUGAUGACAAGUUGUAUUUUGGUCUCAGCUACGCAAAGAAUGGCGAACUCCUAAAAUACAUUCGUAAAAUUGGUUCAUUUGAUGAGACCUGCACUAGAUUCUAUUCAGCGGAAAUUGUUAGUGCUCUAGAAUACUUGCACAAUAAGGGGAUUAUCCAUAGAGAUCUGAAACCAGAGAAUAUUCUUUUGAGUGAAGAGAUGCACAUCCAGAUAACAGAUUUUGGGACAGCAAAACAAUUGUCAUCGGACAGCAAACAAGCAAGAGCAAACUCCUUUGUCGGAACAGCACAGUAUGUUUCUCCAGAGCUCCUAACAGAGAAAUCAGCCUGCAAAAGCUCUGAUCUCUGGGCAUUGGGAUGUAUUAUCUAUCAAUUGGUGGCUGGUUUACCACCAUUCAGAGCUGGAAAUGAGUACUUAAUAUUCCAGAAAAUAAUAAAGCUGGAGUAUGAAUUCCCAGAGAAAUUCUUCCCCAGAGCCAAGGAUCUUGUCAAACAGCUUUUGUCAUUGGACCCUUCAAAUCGGAUCGGGUGUGACGAGAUGGGUGGCUACGACCCUUUGAAACAGCACCCCUUCUUUGACACCAUCUCCUGGAGUGACCUGGACAUGCAAACGCCCCCCAAGCUCACCCCUUACCUGCCCGCUAUGUCUGAGGAUGAUGAGGACUGCUAUGGGAAUUACGACGACCUCCUGAGCCAGUUCAGCAACAUGCAGGUGGCCCAGUCCAGCUCGUCACACUCCCUGUCGCCGCACGAGUCGACGCCCCCGCAACGGUCCAGCAGCAACAUCGAGCAAUACAUCCACGACCUGGACAACAACUCCUUUGAGCUCGACCUGCAGUUCACCGAUGAGGAGAAGCUUUUGUUGCUGGACAAACAAACCUCUGGAAAUCCUUGGCACCAGUUUGUCGAAAAUAACCUUAUUUUAAAAAUGGGUCCAGUGGACAAACGAAAGGGUCUGUUUGCCCGACGGAGACAGCUGCUCCUUACUGAAGGACCACACCUGUACUAUGUGGAUCCUGUCAACAAGGUCCUGAAAGGAGAAAUCCCUUGGUCACUAGAAUUACGCCCUGAGGCCAAGAACUUCAAAACCUUCUUUGUUCACACGCCUAACCGAACAUACUAUUUGAUGGACCCUAGCGGAAAUGCUGACAGAUGGUGCAAGAAGAUCCAAGAAGUGUGGAGAAAGAUCUAUCAAAGACACCAAAAUCCCGGCCUAUAGGAGCGCUCCCACUUCCUCCCGUUGCCGGCCCUCUUUUAGCUCUGAGGCCAAUCACUGAGCAGAGUAACGCCCUCUUUAGUGCCCUUCAUCACCGCAGUGUAAACAAACUUUACAGACGCUGGCAUCUAGACCUUGUUUGUUUUACUGAGUAGAAUCAUGGGGGAAAAAUACAACUUUGGAUUCAGGGUUGCUUUGCUUCUUCUUUGUGCUCCGUGUGAGGCUUCUGUUGCAAUUCUCCCAUGUACGGAUGUUAAAGAAUACCCCCAAGCACAUCUGCUUAUUUUUAUUUUUAUUUUUUGUACAUUCUCGACGGAAGGUGAAAGAGGCAAGCUUGGGGAAACGCGAGGGGUUUCUCUCUAAAAUCCAAGGACUGGUUUCCUGCGAUACCGUAACACAAAAUAUUGAUUUAUGUGAAUCAGAGUGUAAUUCAACCAUAUCCUAAAUCCGCGUCCUAUGUGCAAGCUGUAGACAGCCCCCUUGUCUAGUGCAUAUAGUCAGUCCAUAGAUGUACCAUAUACUGUACCCUCGAUUCAGUCUCGCGCAUUUACCAAACUCAAAUGUAUUUUUGUAAGAGCCCAUGUAUUUCCACAGUAUCUGAGUUGUUUUCUUAAAUCUAGUGGUACUUGCUUAUCGCGGUCCAAUCAGAUUCUCAGUGGGUCUAAGUGCGCGCCUUCCAUAGCCGUUUCCAAGGAAGCGGGUAAACAUGCCACUAGCUUGUACUUCCUAAUCAUAAUCAUAAACUCGCUUACCGUUUCCUGCAUGGCCAGUUGUGUAGCGCAGCCUUGUUCCUCUCCCCUUAGGGCACUGGUGAUAUUACAGUAGUUUAUUCAAGUUUUGAAAAAGGUGGGUAUUUUUUUGAAUGCAUUGGCAACCAUAGCAAAUGUUACUGGAUGAUUUGGCUGUUCUGUUCUGUUCACUUUGCUAUUUCUUUGUGAUGUGAAUGUCUUCUUUUUUUGUGUGUGGGAUAAUUUGCUCAUCUUCAGUGCAUCCUGUUGAAAUAUGAAAAAUCCUACGUGCUGACCAGAAAAUCCUCACCAACAAGAGAUAUGAUACAUUAUACUGUCGUUCUUUGAAGCAAUCACAGGUUUCUCUCCUUGAGCAAGAUGACUGGCUCAACCAUUUUUUUUUUUUUCCCCCAUCCACACGUUUGGCCCCAUUGGAACUUAAAUUGAUUCAUCCAAAGCUCCCUUUUUUUGUAUUUUUAUUUUUGACCGAUUGCCUUCAGCUCCUUUUUUUUUUAAAUUUUAUUUUAUUCCCCUCCUCCUUUUGGCUGAGUCUGUGUGCAGUGUGUGACUGGAAAAUAGGUGAAAUAGGACCCUGGGAGCCCGGGGGCUCUGUGUGCAAGGAUAUCUUUAUCUGAUCCAAAUAAGCGAUAAAAUAAUUGCUGUAUCUGUCUGUAAAAGAGUGGAGGAAACACUCCAGAAGUGUUGGCCUCCUUCGCACGGAGAUUUUGUCAAAAUCAAAUAGAUAGCGGUCGGUUACAUUGUGUAUGGAACACUCUACCUGGCUUGUAACUGACGAGAACUGUGAUGUACAGAUAUUGUAUUAUUAAAAUCUGAAGCAAGUAAUGCAACGAUACUAGGAUACAGUUUUUGUAUUUUUAUUCUUGUAUAAGGUUAUUAGAGGGCUAUUGUUUAGCCUCUAGUUCAUUCUGUGUUAUUUAAAUUCUAAUAUAUGAAUCAUAUUUGGAUUGAAGUCAUGUUCAGGGGCCAUGUUGUGUAUGUUUUGAGAUGUAAAGCCUUUGAAUGUGAAUAAUUAUUGUAAACUAUAAUAUUUUACAGCUUUUUUCUUACUAUAUCAUACAUUUUCUAUUUGCUCAGUGAUUUAAUCAUGUUCUGAUGAUAAUUUAAUGAAUCUUGUUCAUCCUCUCUCUGAUUAUUUGUUCGCUAGGUCAGUUGAUGUUGAAUGACGACUCCCCCCCCCCCCACUUUAAUGCUUGGUAGUCCAGAAAUUAAAAGCAUGUAGGGAAUUGAGGCAUACGAAGAAAGCCACGUGUCCUGUCUUCUGUUAAGUAGCAGUCAUGACAUGGGAAAAGAUGCAGCGUUUCACUGGCAAUGGCUUCUCACCUCCUGCAGCAUGUAAAUAAAGUAUCAGCCCAC